UGAUAAACGUUUGGCCUUUCAGGACUAACCCAAACUGUAACAUACUGAAAUAGCAGGAGUUUUCAUGAGCUUGCAUUGCAGUUGGAAUGGGGAAGAAAGUAGGAAACGUGAGACCUCAGCACCGAAGUUUCAAGGAAAGCAGGAUUUUUUUCUUUUGACUGGUGAGUCAAAAUGAAAGUGCAACUAACUUCCAGAGGAGGGUGUGGUGCCUGAAGACAAAAUGUAAUGUGUCAGAUCAACUCAGACCAUUUCACUGAAGCACAUCUCAGUUGCAGUACCUGCUACCAGUCUGCUGACAAAAGCCACCUCCCAUCCCUCCCCCCUCUCUUUUCUUUCUUUCCUUUUUUUUUUUUUUGACUUUUAGGUUUGCCAUGGGCUGGGAUAUGAACAACUCAACUGAUUACUGGAUUGAGGAUGAGGAGGAUGAUCUCAACUCUGUCAUAGAUUACAAUACGUACGAGCUUCUCUGUGAAAAAGACGAUGUGAGAAAGUUCAGGAAAUUAUUCCUUCCUGUGUUCUAUGCAUUGACUUUCACUGUUGGAGUCGCAGGAAAUUCCUUAGUGGUAGCAAUUUAUGCCUAUUGCAAGAAACUGAAGACCAAGACAGAUAUGUACAUCAUGCACCUCGCCAUCGCCGAUCUGCUCUUGCUCUUCACACUCCCUUUUUGGGCUGCAAAUGCAGUGCAGGGAUGGGAACUUGGAAUAUCCAUGUGCAAGCUCACUUCUUCUCUGUACACCAUGAAUUUCAGCUCUAGCAUGCUGUUCUUGGCCUGUAUCAGUGUGGACAGAUACAGGGCGACUUCUGGAUCCCAAGAGCACAGAAGAGCUGGUAAACGCUGCAGCAUUACCUGCUUCUGUGUCUGGCUGGCUGCCAUAUUGCUCAGUAUCCCUGAACUGAUCUUUAACCAAGUCAAGAAGCACAAUAACAGGAAUGAAUGCUUUCCUGUAUUUCCAAUGAACAUGGAAACUCUCUUAAAAGCAACCAUUCAAAUCCUGGAAAUUAUCCUGGAAUUUCUGCUUCCUUUCCUAGUAAUGCUGACCUGCUAUUCAGUUACUGCUCGGGCCAUCUUUAGAUCUGCAAAUGCUAAAAAGUCUCGACCUUUCAUGGUUCUGCUGGCCGUGGUGGCUACUUUCAUUAUUACUCAGCUGCCUUACAACAUUGUUAAGUUCUGGCGAGCCAUAGAUAUCAUCUAUUUAUUGAUCACUGACUGUGAUGCAAGUAAAACUAUAGACAUUGCACUCCAGGUCACCAAGAGCAUAGCUUUGUUUCACGCCUGCCUGAACCCUCUUCUGUAUGCCUUUUUGGGCGCCUCCUUUAAAAUGCAUAUUAUGAAAAUAGCAAAAAAUUAUGGAUACUGGAGAAGACAACAACAGAACGGAGUGACUGAAGAAAUUUCUAUGAAUUCUGAAGACCGUACUGAGCAAACAGUUAGCUUCACCAUAUAGACUGUUACUUGCACUACCUUAUUCAAGAGGGAAAUUAGUUACUAACUUGGGAGGGGGGGAUAUUCUUUCAACAGCUGUUUCUCUGCAAGUCAACUUUCAGAUGAAUCUCUGAACCUGCAGACUAGCCAAGACACUACACUGCAAUUCAAAGUGAGACAUCAUUAUUGAAAUGAGGUAUCAAACAAGACAAAUGCUGAAAGUGGCAGAAACAAUUAAGGUAUUUACUACAAACAAAACAAAAUAUUAGGAUUUAAAAAUGAGGUAUCAGUUCAUCACUGAGAAUUGAGAGGGGAAAAAAAAAAAGCUAUUUUCUAUAUGUAUUUUUACAUAUAUAUAGCAACAAGAACAUCCUCCACAAAAAAACACUAACUCCUGCUCUGUAGCUAUCUAAAAUGACCUUUCAUCUCUCCAUUUGUUGCUCACCCUAAACUUCAACAAGCCCAGUGUCCUACGGGAGGCACAUUCCAGAUCUCUGCAAACAUAUCAUCAAGCAUAAAUGCCAAAAUACCGAGGUCAAAGCAUUAGCAGAAAUGUAAGAAAAAGUUUUAAGCUAAUUUUCAGACACAGGGCCUGGAAUUUCUGGUCAGAAUCUGUAAAAUGAACAUGACACUGAAAUAACUAUAAUCUUCUAAGUUAUGCUGAUACAAUAAAAUAUAAGAACAUUAAAGGUGC